AUGAGGCUGCUGUCUGUCCUGGUCGCCGCGACCAGCGUGGCCUCUGCUGCGGCCAUGCUGCAGGCACAGCUCUUCUACCAACCGGUCACGGCAUCCUCGAAACCAGUCGAGCUGGCGCAGAUAAGCUACGACCCGGCUACGCUGCGGUCCAAGGUCAUAUCCUACUCUUCUCCCGAGCCCUCUGGCCCUGACGCAGCCGACGAUCUAGUCCGCAUCGGCACAUCGCCCCAGUCGAGCAGCUGGGCCGGCGUCCUGGCCUCCCGCGCCCUCCUCCAGCCGUCUCCCUCGAGCAACUAUCCGCCGCCCACUUUGUACCUCUACCUUGAUCCCGAGGACCGUGUAUAUCAUGUUGGAGUCUCGGCUUCGUCACCGUUGGCAUCCACGGGCGGCGCGGGCAGCCAUCUGAACCAGGCCGGGAAGCCGUUGCAGAUAAAGGUGCAGCUUAUCCGCUCCCAACCUGCUGCUGUCCCGCAGUUGAACAAGCCCAUUGCCAGAAGGGCAGACGACGCAGAUGACGAGCAGGUGGAGGUUCCCUUGAUGAACUCGCUGCUCCAGAAGUGA